AUGUCAGAGCCUGGUGAACAAGCACCGAAGCGGAUCAAGCUGGAUGCGCAGGAUGUGCUGCCGCCGCCUGCGCAUGAUAAGAUGCCCCGCUUUGAUCGAGGUGUCUUUCUCGCGCCUAUGGUGCGAAGCGGCGCUCUUCCAUGCCGUCUUCUGGCGCUCGAAUACGGAGCGGACCUAGUGUGGGGCCCGGAAGUAGUAGAUCGUGCGAUUAUGGGCACAGAGCGCCGCGUUCAUCCUUCGACGGGUCUCGUCGAAUUUAUCAAAGACGGCAAACAGGUGUUUUCGUGCCAUCCCAUCGAGCGGCCGUUUCUCAUAUACCAAGUGGGAUCUUCCACACCCGAGAAUGCGGCUGAGGCUGUGCGGAUCGUCACUGAGCAUGAUGAUGUCGCUGGUGUCGACUUGAACUGCGGCUGUCCCAAGCCAUUCUCGACGCUAGGUGGCAUGGGUGCCAAUCUGCUCACGAUGCCUGACUUGCUGUGUGAGAUCCUGAAGGCGAUGCGGCGCGCUGCACCGCCGCAUGUGAGUGUGACGUGCAAGAUACGUCUUUUGCCGACGCAGGCGCAGACGCUGGAUCUGGUCGAGCGUAUUGUGCGGACGCGCACCAUCCGCGCGCUGACCAUUCACUGCCGCACCAAACCGAUGCGGCCUCGAGAGCCUGCGCUGCUGGACCGGUUCCGCGACGUCGCGGCCCAUGUGGCGAAAGUAGCUCAGGAGACAGGGCAAGAUGUGCCUGUCGUGUGCAAUGGCGAUUGCUUUGGCGUCACUGACAUUCCACGACUACAAACACUCACGGGCGCACAGGCGUUUAUGAUGGCGCGCGGCCCUGAAGCCAACAUGUCGUGCUUCCGCGAGCACCGAGAAUGUGUCGGCACCGUCGUUGCGCCCAAGUGGCUCCGCUAUGCUGUCUAUUUUGACAACCCAUUCGGCAACACCAAGUACUGCAUCACCCAAAUGGCCUUCACCACCACGGCAGGUGCCAAGGAGCACGAUGCACCGCGUGUAUCGCCUCUCAAAAAGCGAGAACUAGUCGACAUGCGCAUGGAGCUAAAUCGUGCCAAGUCACACGAAGACAUGGCGCGCGCUUUGCGCAUGCCGUGGCCCGUCGAUACGAGCGACAUAGCGACUUCGCUGCCAGGUAGGCUAGGCCCACGAACGUAA